UUUGUUAUCGCUUUCAUAGGAAAAUGAAGAAGGUGACCCUGACUUGGAGACAUCUUAGCCGGUACGCGAGUGUGGAGUUUGUUUACGUGGUGAGUGCGUCUCAGCUGUUGGACAUCUCUGGAGAUUUUCGGUUGGUGGCACUAAUAGCGGUUUUGGGCUAACACAAAGGAUCACUGAUGCCGCUUCUGAAGCCUGUUGAUCGGCUGGAGAAGUUAUGUAGCUGGAAAAUAGCAAAUCACAUGUUUAGUGUUUUUUCAUCAUGGUAUAAGGGUGAAAAAGGUGGCAAAUGUACCAUUGGUUUGGAAAAUACUAGACUUGACAAUAGAAAUGUUGUUGGCAAUCAGAUUAAUGAUGGAAUACUAGAUGAAACAUUCAAUAUUUUGGACUAUGGUGGUAGUAUGCAAGUGGACUGGCAUUAUAUCGAACCCUUGACCUACAGUGAUGUAUAUGAGAGCAACAAAGAAAUUGAUUAUUCCAGAGCUGGUUAUUUUACUCCCGUUCCAGAGCAGUACAGAACAGUUAAUGCUGUUACCCAGUGGUUAGCCAGAGAAGUCAGAAACUUUUUAACAUGCAAUUUAGCUCCUAGAUUUCAUGAAGAAAUCUUAGUAACUGUGAUAAAUGUGAUUGCAUCUAGAAUAGAAAUUCCAAGACCAAAAGAAAAGAUAAGAGUUUAUGAGGAAGACUUGGACUUUCUAAAUACUUUAGGCUUUCUCCUAAGUUCAUGCUUAAGAUGUCUGCUGACAAAGGGCGUCGCAGCCUUGGAUCUCUCUCAUGUAUCACACUUGUUGAAAAGAUGGAAGUUGCUUUGUUGGGAAGGCCAAACCAUUAAAAGGAGUGGUGAAGUCUGUGAAAGCCCAUAUUUUGAUAUAUUUAGUUAUGCUUUUGAUGCUGAUAUUUCAGGGCUAAGAACACUGAGGUUCAUUAAGUUGCCCCAUUUUGUUCAUAAUAGUUUUGUAAGGAAAAUUGCAUACUUGUGUCCCAAUCUAAAAAUACUGAUUUUGCGAUGUUCUGCAGACUGUGCCAAUCCAAAGUAUAAUGUUCCAGUUGUUACUAAUGUUGAAGUUCUUUAUGGGGACGUUUUAUUCUCUCGUAAUGGACAAAUAAGACUUACACCUGGGUGCAGGGAUUUGGUGACUCUUGCAUUACCUGAGGGUGUUGAGACUUUAGACAUUACUAGCGAUGCUAUUGAGAUAUUGGCAUGUAUGCCAAACCUCGAAUAUCUUGUUGGAGCACCCAUGAUUUAUGUAACUGAAGAAUUUGAAGAUGUUGUAAAACUGCCUAUUCCACAAAAACUAACCAAUUUUCAUCAUGGUGCUUAUCCAAAAUCUAACUGGCCUUCAUUUGUUUAUGAGGAAUCUAUGCAGGAGCCAGAUCCAGAAUACUUGUCAAAAGUUUUUACACAGGUUAAAGAAGUUGGUAUUUAUGCACCAACUGAAGUAACCGAGAAAGUUUUAAAAAGUUUUUCAAAAGCUCAAGACAUUACCAUUUUCACAGAUGAUUUUGAUGUUCAUGGUAAAUACUUGAAAAACUUAACAACACUAGAUAUCAAUGUAGGAUAUCAAGAGGAAUGGCCUAUCCUUAUCUCCCUCUGUCAGACUUCUCCAAAAUUAGAACAGUUAACACUUAGAUCUUUUUCACUACAGAUGAGUGGCUCUCUUGAUCAAAAACCCAAGUUUCCCUUGCUGCACACACUUAAGUUUCAUGGCCAGAAUGUACUUCACGAUGAUGCUCUCUUAACCUUUAUUCGUGGUUGUCCACUCCUCACAACAUUUGUCCUUUCAAUGAUCACAGAUGAGGAUGGCGAAGGUCAGUUAGAUGAUGAUAUUUUGCUCCGAGCUGCACCAUUGUUAUCUAACAUUCAUAAAUUUAUUUAUAAAGUUCAAAGUGCUCUGAGAACUAUGGAUGGAGUACCCUCAAGUCUUACAAUGAAGUCUUGUGAUGCCUUAAUUAGUGCAUGUCCACAACUUGCUUACAUAGGACAGUUGGAAACGUGGAAGGUGACCAGGUCUGAAAUAGUUGCGUUACAAGAGAAGAUCAGAAAGAAAAACUGGGAUCUAGAGAUUAUAUGACAUGUGUAAAAUAUGGCUGUUUCUAGUGUUGGUAAUUUUUCUCAUCAAAAUUGUCUAUACUGUAUAGAAACAUACAAAUUCUGUUUCAGAAGUGUAUAGGAAUGUACUGUACUACAAAUAAAAUUAUUGUUUGUAAUUAUUGUAAAUGCUGUAUGCUUUUGAGUUUUGGUCUGGCUGUGUCAUUUGUGCAGUUGUGUAAAAUAGUUAUACAAUAAAGGUAAAAUUUUCAUACA